AUGGCCUCGACCUACCGUAAACUGAAACUUUCAAUGUGUUCGAACCGGCCGAAUAUCUCUCACCCCCGGGUCCCAGACAUAUCGCUGAGCUGGAGGGGCUGGGAAUCCGUUGCCGUCAACCUUUUUUGGAUUCCCAAAGAAGUGAAUACCCAUGGUCUAUGGCGAGCCUUUCAGGGCGAAGGAACCAUCAUCACCAUUGAUAUUUUUGAUGAUCGUCAUGGAAAUCGGGGUACCCAGGGUCGUAUUCGCUUUAAGCCUCCCCCGUCAAAUGCUUUCUGGGAAAAUGGUCACUAUGCAGUCCCAUUGCGUAUGGGCCGUAUGGGCAGAGUUGAGAUGAAGCUAGAGGUUAGAUUCCAGGAGCAGUCCGUUCCGAGUCCAGUUCGCCCUGGUAUGUCUUACCCAGCAGUGAUUGAACUUGGUGUGAUCAAGCUGGAUUUUGGCGUCCUUAUGGGCGAGUCUUCAAUCUCCUCUCUGCAAACUUUCGACGUGGAAGCAUCUCCGGUGUUGAUGGUCGAUGUCAAGCAGCGGGCUCUUUUCGUCCACUUUAAAACCUUUAUUAAGACGCCCGAAAAGAUAGACCCCGAUGGUGAGGAUGACAUGUCCUCUUUCCGUCUCAAAAUCGGCUUCUUCCAAUUGAAUCGGAUCUGGGAAGUUUUGCAUUCUGAGACAAAGGAGCUGUCAUUUUUGACUAUUCUGGACUCUCCCCCAGUCUAUCAUCGCAGAUUGGAAGAUAUUGAAUCCACCUUUUCUAGUGAUACCAUUUGGAGAGAAUCGGAUACCUGGUUUCGCCAAACAUCCAUUUUCCACAACCCUACGGUAGUAGCUAACCUGACCACUAGGCUUUACAAGCCUGGUCAAAUCAUUGAUAUUGGUCGAUGGAAUAUGCUUAAGAUAACAUUUUCACCCGUUGUCGUGAACCAAAGGGUUACAAGCGUGAUUCACGCAAUCCUCCAAGAUCACAACGUCAUAGUCAAGGAUGGAAGCCAUUUCAAAGAGAUGCCUAGCCGUGCGCAGCCAGUCUGGCGUUGGAUUGACUUUACCGAAACCAAAAUGGCCAAGACGUUGCCAUACUCCUCAGUCCUAGAGGAAUUGGAAGAUCAGGAUUACAUCCACCUAACAUUUCCAAUUCGCUAUCAGCUUGAAGUAUGUCUCUCGUGUGGAGUUCUCUCAGAGUACAGAAUGACUCGCGAGUUCUUACUGAAGCUGAGAGCUAUGGAUCCCACUAAGAUCUUGAAAUUGCUAGAGCAUGUGGCUACUGGCAAGAAAACCUAUAUGGACGCCAUGGAAAUAUUCUACAUUCAUUUUCCUAAGGGCGUUACAGACUUGAAGAUCCCCCGUCAUUGCUGUUUCAUGCGAACUGCCCGGAUCACUCCGAGUACUAUUUACUAUAAUACCCCCAGUGUUGACGUCUCCAACCGCGUCACCCGCCGCUACAAGGAGUUUGAAGAUCGAUUCCUCCGCGUUCGUUUCACCGAUGAAAAGACUGAAGGCCGAAUCUACAGUUUUAUUACGGACGUCAAUGACGAAGUCUACAGUCGAAUCAAAAGAACCUUGGCGAAUGGCAUUGACAUUGGCGAUCGUCACUACGAAUUUCUGGCAUUUGGCAAUUCACAGUUCCGCGAACAUGGCGCAUACUUCUUUGCUCCCCUGCCUCAUCUUACAGCCGACCAUAUUCGCUCUUGGAUGGGCAAUUUCAACCACAUUAAAAACAUCGCCAAGUAUGCUGCAAGACUAGGCCAGUGCUUCUCAACUACUCGAGCUGUUCUAGGCUGCACGGUGGAGCGUCGCGUUUGCGAUGAUAUCACCCGCAGCGGUGAAUUAUUCACUGAUGGCGUGGGCAAGAUCUCCAGUUUCCUGGCUAAAAUGUCGGUGGAAUCGUUAAAGAUCAAAACUCCCUUGGGAGUCCCCCCUUCCGCAUACCAGUUUCGAAUGGGAGGAUCCAAAGGCAUGCUCACUGUCUGCGCUGAACUCGGCCCUAAGGAAGUACACAUUCGUCCCAGCCAGAUGAAGUUUGAGACAGAGUAUUCUGGGUUGGAGAUCAUCCGUUGGUCGCAAUUCGGCUCUGCAACUUUGAACCGUCAGUUGAUACUUGUUCUUUCCAAACUUGGAAUCAAGGACGAAGUCAUUCACAAGAAACUCCGAAUGAAUAUGGAGGGCUUCAACAUGACCAUGACAGACAAUCUGCACGCAGCUAGUCUGCUCCAAAAGUUCGUCGAUCCGAAUGAAAUCACUAUUAAAAUGAAGCGAAUGGUUGAAGAUGGUUUCAAACGCUCCAACGAGCCAUUCAUUAAUGGGCUGCUAGCUUUGUGGCAGUCAUGGCACUUGAAGGGCCUCAAAGAGAAAGCGAGGAUCCUUAUUGAAGAUGGUGCAAAUGUGCUUGGAGUCAUUGAUGAAACUGGGGUACUGAAAGGUCAAUUUCGAAAGGAUAUGCCUAACGUCAACUCACUCACAGCAGAACGAGUCGCCGCACUCCCUGAAAUCUUCCUCCAGCUUUCUCGCUUCGAGAAAGGCUCUGGUACAGAGAUUAUUGAUGGUCUUUGUAUCCUGGCUCGUAAUCCGUCGCUUCACCCGGGAGACAUCCGUGUUGUUCGGGCAGUCAAUCGACCAGAACUUCAACACCUGCAAAACUAUGUGCUCGGGGGUGACUUGGAUGGCGAUGACUAUCUGGUCAUAUGGGAUAGGGAUUUAAUUCCUGACGAACUCAAUUGGUUCCACGAGCCGAUGUCCUACAAAAGUCAGAAAUCUCCCGACCUUGAUCACGACGUGACAGUCGAUGAGAUAACCUCCUUCUUUGUCAUGUACAUGAAGAACGACUGUCUUCCUCGAAUUGCACACGCUCACAUGGCAUUGGCUGAUCGACUUGACUGUGGUCUGACGGAGCCAAAAUGCCUGCGUCUCGCACAGCUGCAUUCUGAUGCCGUGGACUAUAUCAAGACCGGAAGCGUUGUUACUAUGAACCGUGACCUCCAGCCUCGCCUAUGGCCUCAUUUCAUGGAGAAGAAGCACAAACGCCCGGAACAGAUCUACCAUUCGAAAAAAAUCCUUGGCCAGCUCUUUGACGCGGUUAAACUCAUUGACUUCAACCCCCAUCUGAGCAUGUCAUUUGAUCUGCGAAUCUUAGAGUCCAAGCUUGUCCCAAUCAGCGAGAGGUACCUCGAAUUCGCCGGUGAACUCAAGCAGGACUACGAUAACGCAAUGCGGCAAAUCAUGGCACAGUAUGAGAUCAAGACUGAAUUUGAAGUCUGGUCUGGUUUUGUUCUAGACCAUAAUUUUCAGUCCAGCGAUUACAAGCUCCACGAGAGUCUAGGGAGAGUCUCCAGUGAUCUCCGAAAGGUAUUCCGUCAACUGUGUUGCGAUAAAGUAGAGGGUCGUACCUUCAAUGAACUUGCUCCCUUGGUCGUUGCCAUGUACCGAGUAACACACGAGGAGACAAUGUUAGCACUGGCAAAUAUGGAAACAGAGAAAGCAGCUGCAGCUGGACUUACCGAUGAGGAGUCUGAAUCGAGCGAAGAAAAAGAGCCUCCCGUCGCGAUGCCUCUGAUCAGUUUCCCUUGGAUUUUCCAUGAAUAUCUGGGCCAGAUCGCUACUUCCAAAUUCAAGUUACCGAAGACUGACCCCGAUAGCGUAGUUAUUGUUUCCCCUAGCUUUGGCUACAUGUACACCCAUGCUGAGACUAAGCGUGAGAUUUGGGAAUUUGACCAUUCGGUUAAUAUUGGUCCACCUCCACCUCAGCAAACCCCCCACGACCCUGUUGCCAGUAAGAUCGAUAACACAGAGGUGGGCUCCGUGGUAGACUCCACAGCCAAUGUGAAGGAGGCAGGCGAUGUUACUCAAUCAAGCUCCAUUGAACAAGGAAGGGAAGUUUUCGGUGAAGAAAGCCUUGCCAAUACAAUGGAAGGUAGCGUACAGGACCACAUCCUAGAAAAGAUUGAGGGAAAGAUUCAGGAUGUGGUCGAGGAGAAAAAUAUGACCACUCUCCACCAGCUGAGUAUGAAUUUGGCAAUCAAGUCCCUGGGAGAUAGCGGACAAGAAGACAAGAUCGAGGAAAUGGUUGAAGAGGCGGCGAAGCCAUCUGCACUUGACCAGCUGAUGAACUUGGUUAGCAAUUCCGUGGAUGGUAGCAAGGUGGAUAAUAUCGAGAUUUUUGAGGAAAAGCCGUCCGCUCUCGAUUAG